AUGAAAACUUUGCUGCUCAUUGUGGCAUAUUACAUCGCAAUUUGUGAUGCUUCAUUCCUUAGAUAUUGGCGUUCAUUAGAUAACUCAUUUAUUCCGAAUUUAAACAAUAUACGCAACGCCGAUGAUUGGAUCAAGAUAGCCAAAUACCACAUCAGCAAACACGAACCAUACCAGGUGAAAAAAUAUGUGCCAUAUAGACCAACCAACCAAGAUAUUCCCAACAGAUUUUCCGAUUUGUCGGGAAAUGAAGUUCUUAAAGUCACAAGCACUACGUUCGCACCGGAGACUACGACCAGCGACCCAGAAUGGGAGAAUAGCAGCAAUGUGCCCAAUAUUGAGACUUCAACUCUUCCAUUGGAACUGACAACGACAGAAAAUCCAGAAACUACAGUAACUGAGACGACAGAAUCAUCGGAAACCACUACACAGCUUCCAGAACCACAAACGUCAACACUAUUGUUCUCAAUAAUUACAUCAACGCCUGGUUUUGAGACAACUACGCUUUCUUAUAUAACGACAACAAAGUUUGAUAACAGCGAGGAAUCUAACUUUACUACCACAACUGAAAUUUUGCCUACAGAAAGCACCACCCUAGAAGGAACAGAAUCAAGUACCGUAGCACUGAUCCAAACGGCAACUUCAAUAGCUGAGCUCACCACCGAACUACCAGAUGCCUCCCAAAUACCAGAACUUACAACGGAAUCAGCAGUAAACGAAACUACAACCUCUGAAACCACAACAGACAGAGAAAUUCUGAGCACAACUACAGCUACAGACACAUGGCCAAUAAUUGAAAACUACGUUUUGGACCCAAGCACCACCACAGAUACAGGCAUCCCAGAAUCGUCAACCCUGCCGACAACGGAAAAUUAUUCUCCACUUGGCACCACAGAUAUCUCCACACUGCCGACAAUUGAAACUUCUACUUUGGACCCAAGCACCACCACAGAUCAAGGCAUCACUGAUUUCACAACACUGCCCACAACAGAGAGUUCGCUACCACUUGGAACCACAGAUGUCGUCACACUGCCGAUAACCGAGAGCUCCCUUAUGGAAAAUACAACCACAACUAGAAGCACACAAGCCACAAGCAUUGUGGCAGACACCAUUAAAUCAAAGCCCAUAAAAUUCACGUAUUCAUCCGAUGUCAUGCCAGAGGAUCCGUGGUUUUAA